CUUUUAAUUGACAAAGGUCAAGGUUAAGGAUUGUUGAUUUCUCGAGAAAAACAUUUUGGUCAUCGAUGAACAGACAUGGGCCAACUCGUCAAGGAGUGGAAUGUGUAACCCGGGCUGAGUUGUAUGUAAUUUUACCGAUAUUCAAGGAUGGAGGAGCGGAGAAAGCUCUUCAUUCGAGUUGGCUACAGUGUUAUUUUGAUCGCCAGUUUGCACGUGUGUUUAUGUUCCAAGUUCAAUGACAACGUUGAGGAAUUUCAUAUGGUUCAAGAUAAAUCCUUCUCUAAUGUGACAAUUUAUGACAUGAAUGUCACCUGUGGAAAUCACAGACCAGGGAUGUUUCCUUCCCAAACGUGGACCUGCAAUGACAUCAGGGUAAAUGGAAUGAGGAUGGCGUACGGAUAUUACCCAGGCCUGGGGGCCGACACCAGGUGUACGGAGUCUGGCGGCUUUGAUGAACUCCGACAACUCUGUCACAAACUUAUGGAGUCCAUUGCCUCAAACAGACAACUGUGGGGGGCUCAGGUUUCCAAUGCAAGCUGUGAUUACACAGAAGAAAACCGAGUUAUGCUGAAUCUGUCCAAAAGUGGUUACUAUUGGAAAACCAUGGAUCCAGGGUAUGGGUGGAUGGAAACUCUGCAGUGUGUGGCCUUUCCAAAAGAUGAUUCAUUUCCUUUCCCAUGAUGCAGUUAAAUCAUUUCCUUUCCCAUGAUGCAGUUAAAAUUCAAAGUUUCACAACAAUAGAAAAAAUACGAUGAGGCAACUUUUAGUAUUAUCUGGGUUGGAUGAUCUCAGUCUCUGGAUUCCUAUGGAUUACUCUGUCUAUGCUCUUUAACUGUGUGUCUAACAAGGAUAUGAUUCAUAUUCAAAGCCUUUUAAUAUUAGUUGUUUCAUCCCAAUUUUUGUGCAAUUGCGGAGUUAAUGCUGCAUUGGAUGGACGAUCUCUUUGAAUAUUGGUAUAUUUAUGAGGUUCAGUGUAUUACAGAUUCUUGCAUGAUCAUUGCCUCGAGUGAUUGGAUUUUUUUCCAGUAAUAGUGACUUUUAUUGCUUUUAUUUUAAUUUGUUCUGUUGUGGCACCUUACUGCACUGUUUUAAGUGUCUUAAGGUCUAUUUCCGCUUAAUACGACAUGCAGAUCUUUAAAAAAUACUUUUUCUCAUAUAUCUGUCACUGGUGGUUUGGAUAUAUAACAUAAAUCUUAACAUUGAUCUGCACAGAAAAAGAAAAUCAAUAUUGACAUUUUGUUGCUUGGCUCAUCCAUUAGCUUAUCACCGCUUGAGGAUACUUGGAUGCAGUUUUUUUUUUUUUUUUUUUUCUCUUGUUUUCAUUUUUUAAAGCUUGUUUUAGCCAGCAGGAUGUCAUCCUCGGAUGUCGAGCUUUGUGAAUGUGUUUUAUUUUGAUAGAUUAAAAUGAAAGGAAAGUGUUCCCUUUUGAUAAGCUAAUGUUGUUAUUGAUGUUUAUUGCUUUGAUUAUAUGUUGUAUUAUCUAUGUUCAUUUUGACACAGAGUGUAGUAUUUAAGCAGUGGGAUUAUUAUAUAUUUAGAAUGAAAAUGUUUUCAUCAAGGAAACUCUUAAAUUACCUGCACUGCUUAUUGGAAACAAGGAAAGUCGAUAGACAUGUUUGUUUUGAUAAAGUGUAUAUCAUCCCAGAUUUCCCCUCUGGGGUUUUAAAUUAGAAGCUGUUUCUUGGUGCAUGUCUAUAUAUGUGUGUAUAUGAGUUCAAUGUGUAAAGAAAUCUGUUCUGAAACCCAGAGCUUGGUCAUAUAACAAGCACUUUUUGUACUGAUGAACACACCAUGCUGAUCGUGGGUUUUUUAACAACAGUAUGCAGUACGUUGGGUGACACUUCAAUGUAUGUCAUGGAAUCUUUGAUUGCUGUGUGGUCUUAAUGCUAUUUGUUUAAACAUAGAAUUCUAGAUGCAUUUCAUUUUCAUAUUCUGGGAACUUGAUACAUUAAUAUAUGCACAAUGCAUAAUCGGCAGGUAUCAGAAUUCAUAAUACAUCAACUUGUCAUCUUUUGGGAGAUUUUUUCCAGCUAUGUUUUUGGUUUUAAAGGAGGUAUAAAAUGCUGUUUCUGAGGUGUUUGUUCUUCAGGAGUCCCAAUUUGUGUUUGUCAAUGUUCUCUAUGCAAAUUUACUGUCCUAUUCGUUUAGAGGUGUUGGAUGUACUGGAGAACGAGAAGAAGUUAUGGUAUUGCAGUAUUCCUUUUGAUGCUGAUACCAGUAGUUGACCAAUAUACUUCUUGUGUAGGAGGUUGUUUGGAUGCUGUAGUGUAUCAUUGUAAAUUAUUCCGGUAAAUAUUAACUGUACAGAUGUUGACAAUCAUGUACCUAUUCACUUGUAAAUAAAAUCUGAAGGCACUUAAA